AGACGGCAGCUUGCAGUGUGAACUUUGCAAUGAAGUCACUGUUGGUUCUCUGUGGCCUUUACAUGUCGGUAACAUUUGCGUUGAUAAGGAUUCCUCUCCAUAAAAUGCCAUCUAUCCGCCAAUCACUGCGCCAGCUGGGACUGAAACCAUCUGCCAUCUUGAGGGAAGCCAAUAAGACCUUUGAACGUAUUCAGAAUGGCACAGCGCCAACGAUCCUCACCAACUAUAUGGAUACCCAGUACUUUGGGGAGAUCAGCAUCGGGACCCCACCACAGACUUUCAAAGUCAUCUUCGACACAGGAUCGGCCAACCUCUGGAUACCUUCCUCAAACUGCUCACCCCUCUUCGCGGCCUGUUUUUCCCAUAACAGAUAUGACUCAUCUAGAUCAACAACAUACGAAGCCAAUGGAAAAGUAUUUGCUAUUCAUUAUGGGUCUGGUAAUGUCAAAGGAGUCCUCAGUCAAGAUAUUGUAAUGGUGGCCAAUAUCCCAGUUAUCCAGCUUUUUGCCGAGGCCACCUCGUUGCCUGCGAUACCUUUCAUCUUCGCCAAGUUUGAUGGUGUCCUGGGGCUGGGAUUCAGGACCAUUGCCAUCGAUGACAUCAAACCAGUGUUUGAAAGAAUCCUGGACCAACAUGUCCUCAGUGAAGACGUCUUCUCUGUUUAUUACAACAGAGAUUCCCACGAGACUCCAGGCGGCGAGGUUAUCCUGGGGGGCACUGACCCUUCCUAUUACACUGGAGAGUUCCACUAUCAGGAGCUGAUCAAGGCAGGUCACUGGCAAAUCAGGAUUAAAGGAAUUUCCAUCGAUGGGGAGCUAACACUGUGCAGUGAAGGGUGUGUGGCCGUUGUCGACACUGGUUCCUCCUACAUCACUGGGCCGGCAGCUUCUGUCUCAACCCUAAUCAAUGCCAUUGGGGCCACGUCAUUGGCAGAGGGAGAGUACAUUGUGAACUGUGACCAGAUCCAAAUCUUGCCUCAUAUUUCUUUUAACCUGGGAGGAAAGAAUUUCCUGAUGAAGGGUGAAGACUAUAUUGUGAAGGAAUCAGAGUUUGGAGAGGAGGUGUGCACCGUUACCUUCAGUGGCCUUGACCUUCCCCCGCCCAGGGGCCCGCUGUGGAUCCUGGGUGCCAGUUUCAUCGGACGAUAUUACACUGAGUUUGAUUACAAGAACAAUAGGAUAGGCUUCGCCAGAGCGAUUUAAACCAGUCUAGAAUGGGAUUGCUUGGGCUAGACUUUCCUUGGGAAAACUUGGCGCAUACUCCAAGGACAGUGAGAAAUAAUUAUUUUCUUCCAUUUUGGGCCAGCUUUCAUAUCCAGUGUUGCCAACACCAUUUAGAAUUGGGGGGGGGGGAGCAGGCACUUUUCAAAGCUUCGUUCCUUCCGCUCUCCAUGCACAACCUUCCCCAUUCACUCAGGCUCCGUAGGAAUAAGAAGAGCCAGCUCCCGAAUACAAUCUGCUCAUGGAUGAUCACUAAUCUAACCCCACGAGUCCAUUUAUUGCCACAGACAUGGCCUCUGUGACAUUACUGAGGCCAGGCGCAAUCUAGGUGACCGGUUUGCCAACCAGUUAGGCUCCAUCUGCCAUGGCCUUAUGGAGAUCCCAGUUUAUAUCAGUUUCUUUCUCCUUGCUAUUCCCACAUGGACCAGUAUGUCCUUGGCCUCCUCUGCUGCCAGGGUGGGGCUAAGGGCAAACUGGAUCAACCGAACCUCAUAUUCCACUUGAGUAGUCUACAAUACCAUGGCAUGAAGAUUGAAUUUUUCAACUUCAGCCAAAUUGCUUCUCUUCUGUCCCCUUUCUCUCUCCUUCUGAUCCACCCAGUUCUUACUGAAGAUACAGAUUAACUCUACUUAUCACAUGUGCACCAAAGCAUCGAAACACAGUGAAAUGUGGCGUUUUACAUCAAUGACCAAAACAGUCUGAAGAUUUGCUUGGAGCAGCCUGCAAGUGUCACUACGCUUGCAUCGCCAACAGAGCAUGUUCACAAUUUACUAACCCCGACCCUAACCCCUACGUUCUUUGGAAUGUGGGAGGGAGCUGGAGCACCCACAGGAAACCCAGGUGGUUUUUGGAAGAACGUACAAACUCCUUACAGACAGUGUCAGGGAAUUGAACCCUGAACUAUGGUCGUUGGCGCUGUAAAGUGUUAUGCUGCCAUGCCACCCCAACCCCUGUCACUACUAGGCACUACCUUCACCCAGGCUCCUAUCACCCUAUCUCUUUCCCCUCCUCCACCCAUUCCAUCGAAGUAUCACCCCGAACCUCUUCCAUUCAUUCCUGCCACCAAUCUUCCCACCUCUCUUAUUUAAUUCCACCUUCCUCCACUAUCAGAUGCCAUGAUCUGCAACCCCAUGGCAUCUCCCAAUAUGACCUCCCAGCCUCCGUCCAAUAUGACCAACCCUUCCUCCAGCUAGCCACCAGCCUUCUUCACUUGGAUCCCUCUAUCACUUAGUCACUGUGGCCUUUCCCCUUCCCCUCAACUCUCUGCACUGUCUUUCUCCCCCCUAUCCUUCCAGGUGAGAAGUCCUGACCUGAAACUUGGAUUGUCCUUUUCCUAGACGUUGCUUGAAUCGCACAGACCCCCCCCCCCCCCAGCAUCUUGUUUAUCACUGCAGAUUCCAGCAUCUGCACACUCCUGUGUCCCCAGUUAUAUGUCGUGGAUCUGGAGGUAAACAGUUGAACUUGGUUACCUGUGCCAAAUGCACACUGGGUGGCUACUGAGUCGUGCUGCUUCUAUGAGAUUCGGCUUCAUGGAAGAAUGAGUCACAGAAACAGGGUACAAUCUACAGACACUAAAGGCUCAUCCAUUUAACAUGGGCAAUAAAGGACUCAUUCCACUGAAUAUUCCUUGCUGGAAAUAACUAACAGUCUCAAGUUGCAAGACUAGUUGAGUGAGCGCUAUUGUUCUGGCGGGAGAAGUGUUCCAUACCAUCAUGGAGCAGCACAGUGGAGUAGUUAAUGUAACACUAUUACAGCGCCAGUCCGCUGCUGUCUGUAAGGAGUUUGUACUUUCUCCCUGUAACCUUGUGGACUUCCUCUGGGUGCUCUGGUUUCCUCCCAUGUUCCAAAGAUGCAUGAAUUAGCAGGUUAACGGUCACAUGGGUGUAAGUGGCCCCUGCGGGCCUGUUGGGCAAGAAGUGCCUGUAACCAUGCUGUAUCUCUAAAUAAAAAAUAAAUAAUGUACUGCACAGGAGUACUACAUUAUGGAUGGAGGCCACUCUGCCCAUCAAAUCCAUUCUAGCUCUAUGCAAGAGCAAUCCAGUUAGUUCCUUUCCCCUGCCACAGUACAUCGAACAAUACAGCACAGGAAUAGGCCUCUUUAAACCAUGAUAUCUGCACUGAACACAAUGUCAAAUUAAACAAUAUCUCUUCCAUCUGCAUAGGCACCUCCUUGCCUCCUUACCAAUUCCUUAUUGAAAUUCAUGAUUGAAUCUGCCCGUUAUUCCCCUCCUCUUUGCAUUCACAUUCUAACUAUGACUGCAUAUAAAAUAUCUCACAUUUGUUCUUUAGUUCUUCACAUUUAUCUUAUGUUGUCCAUCCCUUGAUGUUCUGCCAAAGGCACCGUUUCUAUCAAUCUGCUAGUCUGAAACCUCCCUUCAUGAUUUCAAAUGCCUCCAUCAGAUAUCUUCACAAACUCCCCAGACUGAAGAGAAAUAUUA